AUGCCCACGACGGUCCCCGAACUUUUGAGCCAAGCCUUCACGCUCGUGUCUGAAGAAGGAGUGGAGAUCUCGAUUCCACUGUAUGCGUUGAUGACUUGGUCCACCCUCACCUCCGGCAGUGGUGAGCUGAAAGCCCAACUCGACGACAAGAUUGUGACUCUGCGACAGUUCAAGCAACUCAUCGACGAGCAAACUUUCACCCCGGCCGAGACCAAAGACUUCCCGCCGUUCGAACAAGUACUGGCAUUGUUACGUUUCCUCGACAAGUUCGAGUGCGACUUGGCCAUGCGCUUCGCUCUUGAAACUGUCAAAGACAAGGUCAAACAGAAGGAGUGGCCACCUCUGCUGCUCGUCGUUGCAGGUGCGUUCCUGGACCGGCCGGAACUGUGCAAGCAAGCGUACGAUGCGCCAGCGUACACCUGGGCCGACUACCCAUCAGAUAUGCACCCCAAGGGCCUUAACAGCGCGUACAAGUACUAG